CUGCUACCUUAAAAACUAGCGCUCUGCCCAGGUCCCGCUCAUUUAUCAAACCGUUGUCAAGGCAACCAAGAAAAUGGCGGCGAACUUGAGUUAAUUUGAAGUUUUCUCGCAAAAUUAGUUAAAAAAUGCAAGAAUACGAUACAAAAUUUAGCCAUYUCUGAGAGAUUAUUGUAAACAUAGAAAGCUUAAAGUAAUUGCUAUGUAAGGAAUUUUCUAUUUUUGAAGAAAAUGCUUGUUUUUUGCCGAAAAAAGUUUUUCGGAAUUCUUUGAAGUCUGUCAGCUGUUGGAAAAGGUUAUUUAUUUUGAUCAGAUCAUGGGUUGUGGAACAUCUAAAUCCACGAGUGUUGUUACUCCAGCUGUACAAACAGUUGCCAGUCCUCCAAAGUCUAAAGGCCCCCAAAAUCGAGGGAAGGCUGGGACCGAAAAUGGUAGUGACGAUAACAAGAAAGAAAAGAGUGGUGAUUCUUGUUCGUCUGGACACGAGAAAACUGCACGAAGUAUUGAAUCAUUAAAAACAGAGUUGGAAAAUGGAAAACAAGAAACUACGGGUAAAGAUUUGCCAAAAAUAGAUAUUGGCAAGUUGAACGAGUCGUCAAGUCACUCUGAUGCUUCAAGAACCGUUACUGAGCACGUGACCGGAAAUACAGGACAACGCGUGUCCGAGUCCACAAAAAUACACGAUACUAAUGAAGAUAACAUUGCUGAUAAACAAAUGGAAAGUCUUGUGAAUAAAAAUGAAAAGCAGCAUAGGAAUGGGACUGAAACAACAAGUGAUCAUGUGACCGGAAGUACAGAUAAUCAGGCAGUUGAUCAUGUGACCGGAAGUACAGACAAUCAGGCAGUUGAUCAUGUGACCGGAAACAAUCAGGCAGUUGAUCAUGUGACCGGAAGUACAGAUAAUCAGGCAGUUGAUCAUUUGACCGGAAGUACAGAUAGUCAGGCAGUUGAUCAUUUGACCGGAAUUACAGAUAAUCAGGCAUUUGAUCAUGUGAGCGGAAGUACAGAUAAUCAGUCAGUUGAUCAUGUGACCGGAAGUACAGAUAAUCCGGUAGUUGAUCAUGUGACCGGAAGUACAGAUAAUCAGUCAGUUGAUCAUGUGACCGGAAGUAAAGAUAAUCAGUCAGUUGAUCAUGUGACCGGAAGUACAGAUAAUCAGGCAGUUGAUCAUGUGACCGGAAGUACAGAUAAUCAGGCAGUUGAUCAUGUGAAUGAAAAUACAGAUGGUCACGGAAAGGAUAAAGAUCCACCGUCAAACCAUGUGGUUGCUAGUGGCAACAAUUACGUGACUGAAGAUUCGCCGUCAAUACCAACUCAAGAUGGUCAAGUUGCUGACCAAACUGAUCAUGAUUCACAAAGAAAACUAGCAACUGCUCUACGAUUUGCCUGCAAGGCAUUACCAUGGCAACAUAUUCGAGACCAGGCCUCCUCAGGAAUUAUGUCAUUGAAUCUUAUCCGCUCGCUACGAUGGCGUGAAUACGGUGUAAGGGAUUUGGUUCAAGGUCUAACGAACCUUAAAGAACUGGAUGUCUCAAAUAAUGUCCUUGGACCUCAGGGGUUCAGAGUGAUAUGUUUGGGUGUGGCACACAACAACACGCUCAAGUCAUUGAAUAUGGCAAAUAACUUGUCUGACACAGAAUCAUCGAAAGCUUUAGGUAGCAUGUUGUUUUCAAAUACCUGCCUUGAAUUCCUGGACGUGUCUGGUAACGAUCUGGGCAAAGACUACUUUUCCCGUUGCAUUGGGCCAGCUUUGCAAGUCAAUACGUCGCUCAAAACAUUAAAAUGCGCAAGCUGUGGGGCUAACGACAUGUCCGCCAUYUUGGAUGCUUUGACUGGUAACCAUGGUAAUAGAACUCUGGAGGAAUUGGACGCUAGUAAUAAUCAGCUGGGAGAAAAAUUUGGCAAAGGACUUGAACAAGUGCUUAAGGUGAUAAAGCUAGUCGAAAAAAGCUUAUCAAUUAAAGAAUCAUCAAAGCCAUUAUCGUCUGCUAUAACUAAUCUUAGUAUCGCAGGCUGUUCUCUGAGCGAUGCUCUCAUAGUGUCUCUUGCUGAAGAGACUGCAGGGCUGCUAUCCAAGUUUGCUGUGGUAAAUCUGUCUGGGAAUAAUGAUAUUACAGGAGAGAGUUUACACUCACUAUGCACCAUGAUAACAGCAGGUGACGGGCAACGAUCAAACGUUCUAGAAUCUCUUGAUUUCGCCCUCAACAACGCAGAAACACUUCCUGAUAUCUUGAUCACAGCUAAGCUCUUUAAACUAAAAAACUUGAACUUGAGAAAAGCAAAAAUAUCACCGGGAAAAAUAAUGGAACUACGUCAACRUAUUGCCAAAAAAUCACAAGAGGAUGACGUCAUGAUUACGUCACUUAAUCUUGACUCAAUCAAACUCUCAGGGACAGACACCUUGCAAAGCAUGCUGGGAUUGUCCGAGGACUUUGWACCCAUGAUACCUUGUGCGCUUACCUCGCUGUCGUUGAGCGGUUGUAGCUUGAAUGACAAAGACAUUAAGCCUUUGUUUGUGGGGAUUGCGAAAGGACUGGGUCUAGUUAAUGUUAACUUGUCAAGCAAUAGAUUGACAGACGCGAGUGUUGAUKGGUUGGUUGAURAAAUGGAGGAGCCUUGUGCGCUAUGCCAUCUGGACCUAUCCAAUAAUAAGAUUCGUGCCAACGGWGCAGAGAAGUUAGCGUCUGCCAUUGAAAAAGGUCGACUGGCGCACCUAGCAACGCUGUYGCUUAGCAACAACAAUAUAGGAUCUUCUGGCAUCCUGGCAUUGGUAACACAAGUUACUCCCAACGGUACCCUACACAGUUUGAAUUUGAAGGACCAAAAGCAACCCGUGAGGGAGGAGGACAUGGAUGAGAUUUUUAAAUCCCUGGCUCUGGCAUGUGAUAUUCCACUCGAUAACAACUCCACAAGCACAUCUACAACCUACCUUCAAUUCUCGCCACAGACCUCUAUCAACUUAACGGGGCUGGGAGGAGAGCCUGGUGACUACGGUCCAUUAUUAGACAGCAUCGCUAUACAAACCGACUACACGAAGAAGCACAAACGAACACUAAGUUUACAAGAUGCUCUUGACUUGUCUKCAGUUUUUGUCGGCCAUGGUGAGCCGARAUUGAGUAAGGAGGACUGGGACCUAGUAAUAAGCGCGGAUAAGGACGCACCAGCUUGGCUCCAGGUAUCGUUGCAUCGUAACCGAGCAGUUUACAUUACUAAUCUACCGCUGACCGCAACUAGAGAAAAGCUCGAGAGCCUUCUAGAAGACGAGGCAGACUGUAACGUCAAAGAAGUUUUCCUUUCCAAGGUUUGUGUUAGAUAUUCCACUGCCUUGCCACAAAAAGGYYAUUUUCGAGCGGCCAUUAUACAAGCAAAGUUUGCAGAAUCCAGCGCAAGGCAUGAGUAUGCGGCCCAAAACCCUGCCUAUGCAGAYGGUAGAAUUUGGUAACGAGGGUUGAAAAUCCUUGAUUCCUGUCUAACGCUAUAUCCUUUUAGCCAUUCCGAGGUCGAGGAAAAUCUGGAUCGAGUUGGCAUCGCAGUGCAUUUUGGGGCAGUGGUAUGGGACGAAAUAGACGCCAUCWUUGAAAUAUGUCUCCUUAGACAAAAAAAACUGCUACGAAAAAUGUCUUAGUAUGGUUAUUUUAGCUGCCUUCUUUCACAGUCCUACCGACCUAUGUAAUUAUUCCGGCCUAAUCGUGAUUCGUUCCAUUUUCUCAGUUCUUUGUGGGAUGCCUGUUGCAUAAUUCAUUUAAAACUUGACUGGAAAUUCGAGAGAGAAAAGCAAUUGAGUUUUGCAUUAGUUUUAUUCGUUUCC